ACAGAAUCACAUUUGAACACAUCAUUGGCAUUUGCAAAAACUACCCAUUGAGCGGUGAUUUGGACAUGAGCACAUGAACACCUCUUAGAACUUUUUCUCUUGUACGUAUCGGUUGCACUGGCUAAAGUGUCGAACAAGUAGCCUUCCCGCCCACUCUAUUACUCAGCGGCAACGUCAAACAGCCUUGCUUUUCCGUGAGAUAUUCCCAAUCUUUCAUUCCCGAUGGCCGACACGGGCUAUCGUCCAAGGGAGCCGCCGCGCAUUCUGAACAGGAAUGCUAAUGGCUUCUUUGACCCUGCGGCCGCGGAUCCACCACCGGCAACACCUGAAAGUAGUAGGAGCCGAGAAAACGUUUACCCGUCCGUUGCUGCUCGUAUCCCCACAUCCAGAAGUAAAAGUAGAACGAGGGAUCCCAACAAUCCCAAUUCCCCAUUAUACAGUCCCAACUCCCCACUCAGCCCAGUGCCCCCGCCUUCCCGUUACUAUCAAUCCAGCAGCACUGGCAGUAGUCCGCCCCGUUCUCGUCGACCAUCCGAGGAUAGCUAUGCAAAUGGUAACCGGCGACCGCCACCAGAAGGCGUCGUGUCAGUGUAUGAGAACGAUCGCGAGCGACGACGGCCAUCAGCAGACUCUGGCUCAUCACGUUCAAGUCCUAAUUCGUCUCGACGUCCCAGCCUCAGUGGUGACCAUCCUCCUCGCAAUGGCUCAUUGUUGAGAUCAGGUAGUGGGGCCAGUAUAGGAAGUCGAAGCGGCAGUGAUGAGCAGCUGCUCCGCAGCGCGACGACGAAAUCCUCGACCAGAAACUACGGAGAGCGUGAGCGGGAUUAUGAUUCUGGUCCUUCCCGAUCUUUUACUACCAGGGAACCAUCUUCGCGUGAAGGAGAGCGCGGCCGAGAGAGGGAGACUGAACGGUCUCGUACACGGGAGAGCCCUCUAAAUCGCGCUUCAGAACGUAUCCCUGACAAACUAAGUAGACUUGCAGCAGCACCGUCGAAUAGACAUACCACGGAACCCGCAUCGGCAUCAGCAUCAGCGAGCUUUGAUGAUAUGCUCAAAGCCUUGGAUGACUUACACACCAAGACCGCAGCGAAUCCACCGCGCUCAUCCCCUCUACCACCGGAGACCGCGAAUGACCGAGGCUCGGAUAGACCGAAUAGCGGUCGAGCAUCUAAAGACUACGAGCUAAUGACGGCUAGCUUGGACCAGCUGAUAGACAACACACGCAAAUCCGUGCCUUCAUCGGCCACUGGGACACUUGGAAGGGAGGCUGAGCGGAGAGAACGAGACAGGCAAAGAGCAAAGGAAAAAGAACUUGAAAUCCAGCGCGAGAAGGAAAGAGAGAAGGAGUUGGAGAGGGAACGAGAAGUGGACAAGGAACGGGAGAAAGAAAAGGCGAGGGACCGGAUCAGGGAGAAAGAGAGGGAAAAAGAACGUGGAAGGCAGCGUGAGCGCGACGAGAUCUUGGUAGCGGAGCAGGCUGAUGCUGAAAAAACCGCCCAAGCGGACAGAAUGGAAGCCCGGGAGGUGCAGCGGAAACGCAAAGAGCAGGAACGUAUUGAGGCGGAGCGUCGAGACGCCGAUAGGAGAGAAUUGCAAAUGAUUGCAGAAGCUAGACAGCGAGAAAUGGCGGCAGAUAGACAAAGGGAUGCUACCAGAAUCAGGGAACCCGAUGGUCGUGCCGAUGAAAGUAUCAUCGUACGCGACUAUGUUAGUGCGUUGAUGAUGACCCUCCGCGCCGACACGAGUUACCCAAACCCCGAUGAUUUCGCUACUCCAGACGGUUAUGCAAUAUGGGAGGACACACUGGGCAUGAGCUAUUCUGAAGUUCUUUGUGAGCUCCUCAAAGCACGAUUCAUUGAUAAGAAAGGGAAGCAGGAAAAGAAAGAGAAGUCUCAGGAACCAACCGUCAUACAGCUUUUCUUUAAAAUUGUCGAAGCCCGCGGACUCGUAGCCAAAGAAGGCCGAAGCCGUGAUCCGUACUGUACUAUUGAGCAUGGCAAUAUUCCAGAUGAUGGAACCGAAGAAGCGCGAAAAGCGGACAAGGAGCGCAAAGACAAGGAGGUUCUGCAGACUGACACCAUUAAGGGCACCACGAAUCCGAGAUGGAACGAGCACGUGAAUAUCCCUGCUAAAGCGCUGACGGAUAAGGUGAUGGUGUCCGUGUAUGAUCGUGCAAAGGAGCAGUUCUUGGGUCGCGUCAAGAUUCCGUUUAGCGAAUUGAUACCAAUAGCGGCCAGGGAUGGCUAUGUAAAGAAAUGGUUCCGACUGACUGGAUUGGGCAAGAAGGAGAAGGAUAAGUACGUGGGUGGAGAAAUUUUGAUCGAAGCAGCAAUCAAAGACGAUGGAACCUCAGGGCCUAGUGCCAAGCGUCCCAAGCAGGAUCCAAUUGCUGCUCUGCAAUCUGCCAUAUCUGCAACGGAUCUCGACCUUCGCGCCUUAUACAGAACCCUCCUCCGAGCGUGCUUGAUUUUGGAUAUGAACAUGCUUGGAAAACAAAUCAAUGAGAAGACACAGCGUCUACUUUCAGAGGAAAGCAAAGCCCUUUUAACUAUCCUUGGACGAACGUGGGGAUUGAGCGAGGCCUUCAUGGUUAUGGCGUACCUUCAAUUGCUGUUUGAAAAGUACAAAGUGUAUGAAAUUCCGCAGAGUGCCCUUCUUGACGCUUUUGAAACCCUAAAGGAAGAUCUCAAGAAACGCGGAUGGCUGAGCGAAUAUGAGAGACCCGCCGUCCUUGAGCUUUUGGCGGAUAUGGACGAAUAUUACCGAACACAGAUCACAAAAUACAAGGAGUUUUUCCCUGAAAAUAAGCCUAAGCAAGCUCUCGCUACCACCAUUCUUAUGCUCCGUAUGAUCUUCAAGAAUCCGCUCUAUCGACAGAGUCAUCCUGAUAAACCAGAAAGCUUCCGUGAUGAAUUGCGCGGUAUGCUCACGGAAGCCGCCAUCGCCAGAUACGAAAAGCUGAAGGAGUUGACUACACCCUUUGACACGAAUGAUUUGGAAGCGGUUAUUGAGGGAAUCAACAAACUAGCGGAGAUGGUAUCUGAAGAGAUCGAAGCUGAUGGAAAAUGGUAUAGAAAACCAUUCGAAAAGGAACUGGAUAUAGUCCGACUAACGGCGGAAAACUAUCUCAAAUACUUUGUACUGACGUUGGAGAGCGCGUCGGAAGACAUGGCGUCUGAUGUAGCCGUGAAGUCUGCUAGCAAAAGUGUGUUUGAGUUGUACAAACGGGUCAGAGUCAUGGAUGAGCGUUACGCCAAAAUGGUUCCUGGACUCAAACGUAUGUCGAUGAAUGCGGGCUUCAAUGUUGAGAGAUGGUUUGCCCCGUUCGUGCAAAAAUGGCUGGAACACCUCAGCGAUCGCACAUUGGAAUGGGUUUCUAACGCUGUGAAGGCGGAUAACUUUGAGCCUCUUGCGGACGGUGUGGGACAAGGACAACAUCAUAGUAGCAGUGUGACAGAUCUCUUUUCUGCUGUAUACCAGGAACUGGCCUUUAUUAAUGAUCUCGGGUGGAGUGAUCGGGUACAGAAUGCUGGCUUUAUGCAAGGUUUUGCAAAGUCCGUCAGCAAGGCCAUUGAGCAGUACUGCGAUGCUAUUGCCUUGGGUGAGAUUAAGGCCGACUCAGCAGGAACGGCUUGGCAAGGAUUGCUUCAGACAGCAGCUAACGUUGGUGCCAUCGGCGGCAAAUUUGGAGCAAAUGGACCUCGCGAUAUUGCCAACGAGUCCUGUGUAAAGCUCUGUAAUAUCGAGUAUGCAAUGUCCAAGCUCGAUGAUAUGUACAGAGUGAUGAACGUACAGGAAUUGACCAGUAUCAUACGACGACAUCGGGCUGCGAUGGCUGCAGAGAAUGGAUCAUCAGCGGUCUCAUCUGAGGAUAACGAGAUGACCGUUAAGGGUGCAUUCAAGAUUCAGUUGUCUUACGCAGAGAACCUGAAGCCGUGCAACAAGAACGGGCUGGCGAAUCCGUACUGUAUUGUGAGAGUCCCAGACGGUACUGUUGUCCCUGUCGAGGAACCUCCCAGCAUGUCACCAUCUAGUGUGCGUGCUUCAUCCACCAGCUCGUCAUCAAGGACAAGUACGGGAUCAAGCAGCGCGGGACCGACUGUUUUGAACGGCAUUCAAUGCGAACUGGCACGUUCCCGCGCAGUUAGUGACACAAUCAACCCAACUUGGGAUGAAACAUUCCAGGUCAUCUUGCCACCGGUGACGAAAUUAGAAGUUGCUGUUCUUUCCAAGAACAUGCUCACAGCAGAUGAGAUUGCUGGUAAAGCUGUUGUGGAUCUGUCUCGCGGCACGCGGUUGAGGCGUAAGCUUGGUGAUCAUCAAACGCAUGAUGUAUAUGUCGAAAUGGAGCCACAAGGUCGUGUGCUCGUGCGGUUUACGAUGGAGGGCGCGGACGAGGACGUUGAUUUCUGGUUUAGGAGGAGCAAAGAGAAGUUGGGGAGAACCAGGGAUGAUUUUGUCAGAGCUUUGACUGGAAAGAUCAUCCCCUACGCAAGAGAAGAGAUUUUGAAGAUUAUCAAAUCUCACGAAGCUGCGCCUUUACCUUCCAAAUCCUUCUUCUCGUCCCUCACCACUGCUGUUCAGUAUUCUGACAAGACAGCAUCCGGUGCAUCGAUUGACGAGCGCGUCAGUGUCCAAGACGCGGACGCGGCGCUGGAACCUCUCACAGAGUACCUGAACAAAAACCUCGGUACUUUGGCCGACUAUCUCUCGGAGCGCAUGGCACAAGAAGUCAUCCGACGCUGUUGGGAUGAGGUCGUAUCCAUCAUUGAAUGGUCACUUAUCCCUCCACUGUACGGCCCUAUUGAGCGGGACCGUCGCGUCCUUAAUAGACGUCAAACUAGUAUGGCCACAUCCAUCCUCCGCAUCCUCAAAGAAUUCUUUUACGCCGACGGUCAAGGUGUACCCCUUCGUAUGCUGGAAACCCGUAAGCACAAAUACCUAGAGUCUCUCUUAGACCAGUACCACGCCGACAUAGGACGGCUGAAACGGGAAUAUGAGUUGGACUUGUUAAAAGGACGCGACCGAGAAGUCAUCCUACGAUUGGUCCGAGUCAAGGUUGAGAAGGAAUUAGAUGGCACUAGUGCGAAUGAAGAGCGGGAAGAGGGCCGCAAGUGGAUUGAAACGCAGCUGGCAAGACGGAAGGAAUUGGUUAGACGAUGAUGAUGUGCGUGUUGUGAAUGGGCAGGAGGGAUUUUUGUAAUUUUUGUCUUUUUUUUCGUCGCAUGUUCUAUGUAGUAGUAGUAAGGGCUGGGCCGAUUGUAUUGGAUCCAGAAUUUAUUAGGAGAUUCUUAUGGUCUACUGUAGCGGUUUAUAUGUGCUCAUUUUAUAUGGAGCAGUUUUAUCAUUUUACGAUA